GUCCUGAUUGGUCGAACGUUUUCGUUACCAAGACAGCAUCUCUGAGAGUUUAUAAAUGUCCCCCGUUAUCCUAAGACAAGCAAUGGCUAAACCUCCUAUUUUGUUUUCCCCUCUGUUUAUUAACAGCGGGUGUUUAUUCACGUGCAUUUUACUGAUAUUUUCAAUAGGCGACGCUCAGGACGUUGUCGUUUUCCAACCGACAUUUCUCACUGCAACGGGACCCUUGGUGUCAGUACUUCUGCUCGGUAACUCAUCGGAAAUGUCCCUUAGUCUAACAACGGUGUCUCCUUCCAACACGACAGGAAGCAUUGGUCUCCCCUCCUGCAUUUCUGAAGCAACAAACUGGAUGAUCGUAAAGGAAAGGGUCGGAAAGACUGCAGUUCAAGUGCAACUGAAGUUGGAAAAAAAUCUGCGUUUGUGUGCUGAGAAUGAGACAAAUGCAGAUUGCUGUCCUAGUCCCCUCUGUGUCCUGGAGACCCUUCAGGUUUCUGCCUGUGAGGGUGGAAAACUUCAGGCGUCAUUGCUGGUCCAGGUCAAAAUUUAUGGACUGUUAGUUCCUACAGUUGCUGGAUCAGAUAAUAAAACAACUAUUCCAAACCAAGUGUACCAACCACUGGGCUCUUGUCCGUGUGAUCUCACAUUCAGGGUAUGUGAUGUGCGCUGCUGCUGUGAUAAGGACUGCUCCACUGAAGACUUGAAGCUGUUUCUGUCUCAGUGUCUCCUUGGUCCUUUCGGUGGACAGGUCCCUCGUGCUCCAGAUUAUCAGUGCUCUGUGCAGUUGUCUGAAAACUCCCCAAACUGGUUUCCAUUUUUAUGUGUUAAUUCACCGCUGGAGAACAACCCUCACCUAGGCCUCUUUUACCAGGGAGGUGUAAUUACGUCUAAGCCUGGGCCAUCCUUCCACAAGCCUAUGUUGUCAGCUCCAGUGCCUGUUGAUGUUUAUAUUGAAGGGAGUCCAGUCAUAACCAACAGUUAUGAGUUCUUCACUAUUCCCCAGAAAUUAUUUGGUCAGUGUAUAAACAAUGCUCCUGUUGGGUUUUUGAAAAAUUUUGAAACCACCUGUGUGUCUCUGCUUCAUGCCUGUCCAACUGCUGCCCCCUUUCGAAUGCUGGCCAGUGAUUUAAGGAAGACGGUGAAGAGCGGUGAAGGGAGUGACGUCACAGUGGAAGUCACUGAUGAGCUCAUCACUGACUUGAGUCAGUUUAUCACUGGCAGGAAGUCUCUGUUAUUUUCAGACCAGGAUUUUGUUUGUGAGAAUGUCACAUUAGCGAUGGAUUAUCAGUUCUUCUGGAAAGGAAAUGGCAUCACAAGUGUGAAUCUGACACGCUCUGUAGGAACCAUUUCCUUUAAUGGCAGUGUGGCAUUGACUACAAGCUAUUCUGCUGUGUUUUUAAAUGGUGAAGUCUUGAGUGAACCCAAUUCAGGAAAUCCAGGUUACCAGGACAGUAGGCCUGUGAUUGGUGGAACUGUGGAUACUUCAGUCAAUGAUACAGUGUUAAUACAGAGGACAUCAAUCAAUCUAUGGAAGUCAGGUAGUGAUGGACUCUGUUCCAACGGUAACAUGAAACCAGUUUUGUAUGGAGAAAAUUCAACAUCAGGAUGUUUGCUCUCUGUCAGCAAGGAAAAGCUGACUCAGUGUGACCUUUUAAGAGAAAGUAUCAGUUCUCUACAGAAGGUUUUGAACACAGCUACUCAUGUGGCCAAAAGUGGAAACCCUGAUUCACUGAUUGUGUCAGACUGGGAAAACAUCAUCUAUAGAGCGCUGAAUUUGAGCAAUGCUUUAGAAAACAACACAAGCUCAUGUGAUGGAAUUCCUUCCCACCAGCAUAUCCACGUUCAGAGCCUCAUCACAAGCACAGUAGAUGGUAUUACUCAAAGGUCUAUUUUUGCUGUGCAAAUCAGCUACAGCACAACCACCUGGACACUAGAGUGUAGAGGCGGUAAUGUUUCUUUAUGUGUGGAUCCAUCAGAAAUACAGCUAUUUCCCAUCUCCUCCUCGGUCACCUUUACAGAUGUUCCUAUUACCACAAGACCACCAAAGACAAGGUUUCAGAUUAACUUCACAGAGUAUGACUGUAACAGAAAUGAUGUUUGUUGGCCUGAACUGGCCUUUCCCAUCACCAGGUAUUACACAGGUGAGCCGUAUUCCCAGGCACUGGCCAAAGGCCUUAUCUUGGUUUUCUUCUUUUUGGUGGCUUCUGUCCUUGGGAAUCCAUGGAGACAAAUACGUCAGUCCUGGAACAGUGCUGCUCUCUAGAACACUUUUAGUACAGGAUAAAUAAUGUGAUAAUGUGUAUUUUAAGGUCGAAUGUAGUGACUAUAUUUUUACAUUGGGUAUUGUUUAAAAUAUAGUUAUCACAUUUGAGAAGGUAAAUAUUUUGUCUUUCUGUUUUUUGUUAUAAAAUAUCAGACAACCCAUUUUAUAGUGUGACACAUCUGAUUUAACUUGAACCUGUUUUUAAAUUAUGAAUUAUUUAUUUACAUCAUGCUUGACGAAUUAUUAUGCUGAUGGUCCAUAUGUGUACAAAAAGCAAUGUCCACACAGGUUUGAAACAAACCCAAAUGUCAGUUAAGUCAAUUUAUGAUGUAGUAUAUUUCCAAACAUUAGACAAUACCACAUCAGUACUAACACUGGAAGGUUUGUGUGCUGGAUUGUGAUCAUCCACAGGUAUAACUUGUCUUGUUUUGUCUGUGAUUGUCAGGUCUGUCUGUUUCCUGUUCCUGCUGUGUGUUGUGUGGGGUAAUCUGUGUUAUCACACUCACAUGUGUUGUUGUAAUUAGUCUCUCUUGUGUCACCAGAU